AUGCAAACCAAAGUAAUCGCCAUGCUUUCUGUCAUUGAUGACAUCUAUGACAUUUAUGGGACUCUAGAUGAACUUACUCUUCUCAUGGAUGCAAUUGAAAGGGAAAUCAUACCUUGUUCACUACGUGAUAGAGGAGAAGAAAAGAGUGGUAAGGGCAUGUUUUCAAGAGGCAAAAUGGGAGUGGCUAUAUUCCGACCCAAAGUGGGAAAGCCAUCUAGCACUUGUAUAUUGUCUUCUUUAGUUUCUUUGACAGACAUUGGAGAGUUAGUGAGCAAGGACGCCUUUGAGUGGGUAGCAAGUGAACCAUUAAUCCUACAAGUGCAGUUUGAGCAGAAAACAUCAGCAGUUGGCUGUUACAUGAAUCAAAAUAAUGGUGCCUCAGAAGAGGAGGCUUUUGCUGAAAUUCAAAAUCAAGUUACGAAUGCAUGGAAAGUCAUAAACCAAGAAUGUCUUCGUCCUGCUGUGCCAAUGGCUUUCCUCGGGCGAGUUAUUGUCAAUCUUGCACGGGUCUCACAUACUAGACAUAGAUGA